CAUGCAAAUGCAGACAGUUUUAGACCCACCCACAUACUCAUCGCACAUGGUUGUAUGUGAGAGAGAGAAGGCAGGAGAGGAAAUUGGUAAGGAAAGGAACAUACAUCUCUGCCUGCUCCUGCUCCUGCUCCCCCAACCCAUUACCACAAACACUCGCAUUCUCAUUCCCCUGCUCGUUCUGCUACUCUCUCUCAUCCCUUGGGAAGGAAAAGAGAAGUAAGAUUUUUUUUUUUAAUCUUUAACCAGAUUAGUUUUCUGGGUUACACAUGUUAAUGAUACGCUAGACCUUCCCAUCACUCCUGCCUGUAUUCCUAUUUGUUCUCUGACCAAACAAUAAUAGGAGAGAUUAAAAAAAUCCCAUAUUCCAUCUCUAUCAUCUUGGAUCUGGGGAGAUUCCUCUAUUUUCUUUCUUCUCUUUGCGGUGUUGGGAAGGGAAAGCAGCUAGCUUUGGAUGAGAAGUACUCGCUGCGUUUCUGGAUUUGUAAGCCCUAAAUAUAUGAUGGGUACAUUCUCAUUCUUCUGCUGUGUAUUCUUGUUGUUAUAUGUUGGUAUUUGGGCAUCUGGCAUUGGCCUUGCCUUGUCUAUAGAAUAUAUGUCCAAAUCAGGUAUUGUUUUUCCCUCUGUUUCCUGAUACUGGUUUCCCUGCCUUCUCUCUUUUUUUAUGCCCCUUGCAGUUUUCUCCCUGAUUGUCGCCUAAACGAGUUUAUGAGUCUGCUUUUUUUGGAAGGAUUCAUGGGUAUUCCAAAUUGGGCACUUCGAUUCUGAGGGAGGGAAGGUCUGUGGGACUGAGAUUGGUUCAAUUAACAGGAAAAGGGACGAGCUUUUUUGUCUUUUGGGCGCUCGAGGACUGUACCACGGAGCUGUAAUUAUUACUAGGAGAUUACUGGCUUUUGACAAGGAGAGAUUAAAGGGUUAGUUUGUGGAUAAUAUUGGGAGAAGGGAAAUAUUUUUAGUUUGUUUUGUUAGCUUCUGUUUCUGGAAACUUAGUUUUCGGGGUUACAUGUACAUGGAAAGUGCUUUUUUCUCAUUUGGUUUAUAAAAGAACUGCUAGAAUGCACAGGUUGUGCCUUCUUGCUUCACUGUUGAAAGAAAGAAGCUGAAGAACAAAUGGCGAAAAGGUGUAGAGAAAGGUACGGAGAACAGGUGUGAUUUGUGGUCAUUAGUCUCGUGCACUGGUGGUUGUCAACAGUAUGCAAUUAAUAGUAUAGAAGUGGGUUUGCCACAAAGCAUUGCCUCUGUACUGUGGUGGUACCAAACACCAUUGAAGGUCGCAAAUUCAGAUCAGAAAUAAGCACACAAGGAACGGGUGUGAGUUUGUUGGGUUUGAGGCAGUGGUGGUUGAGUUUCUUGAAGGGAGGAGAAUGGCUGCCAAACUGUUACAUUCGUUGGCUGAUGAUAAUCCAGAUUUGCAGAAGCAAAUUGGUUGUAUGACUGGUAUUUUUCAAAUCUUUGAUCGUCAACAAAUGCUCACUGGUAGGCGCCUCAGCCAUAAAAAGCUGCCUCCAGGUGAAUCUCACUUGGUUCGUGGAAGCUCAGACCGGGAAUCUUUCGAUACAUACCGUCGGCGUCCUCUUAUAAUGGGGAAUGUAGGAGAGCUGACAGUGGACUUCCUCUUGCAGGAUACAAGAUUGAACAAGAGUUCGAAUGAAAAGCAAAGGAUGUCCACAGAAUCAUCACGGGCUUCUUUCUCUUCCUCAUGUUCCUCUUUAUCCUCUCUUGAAAACAGGACCGCUCAACCCGAAACCUCAUCUACAGAUAGAAUAAUAUUUCCUGAAACUCCAUCAAGAGAUCCAGUUUUAACUCCCCAGCCGAGUACCUGCUCAUAUUCAGAGAGGCACUCUGUUGAUCUUCGAGAAGUAGUUAAGGACUCUAUGUAUAGGGAUGCCAGAGGGCUAUCAGUCAAGACCAUGUCAAAACAGGAAGCAAAGGGAAGUAGUGAUGUGAAGCAUAAAGAUUCUCCAAGGCCAUUGCAGCACACUAAGUCAGCAGCAGAUGGAUCUCAUGGGGUUGCAACAAUCAAUAAGGUGAAGCAGAAUGUGCCUGUUGAUCAUGUCCAUGAUUCUUUACGAGCUCUUGCCAAGAUUCGAGAAGCACCUUGGUACCACAAUGAAACUAGAGAACAUGCAAGACCAUCAUCAUAUGAAUCAAAGGAUGUUUGGAGCACAGCUACAAAAGAUGCCCCUCGCUUUUCUUAUGAUGGUAGAGAUUCGAAUCGUUUGUCUUUUGAAUCACGGGAUACCAUCAGGGCUACUAGCCCCAAGCUGAAAGAGCUUCCCAGACUUUCAUUAGACAGUAGGGAACGUUCUAUGAAGGCUGCUUCCAUGGCUGAUUCAAAAAGAAGCAGUUACCUCUCACGAGAUUUACAACAUAUGUCAAACUCAGAUGAACGGGUUUACAAUGCACAGAAGCAAUCAGGAAACCCAAACAGGCCGCCAAGUGUGGUAGCUAAGUUAAUGGGGUUGGAGAUGUUACCAGAUUCUGCAUCGUCUAGUCAAUCAGCAGGUUCACUCAAGACAACAAUAGAUGAACAUACUGAUGCCUUCUCAAGAUCCUUCAAGCAAAAUGAUGCGAAUUUGGGUAUCAGGAUUCCCAAGUCUCCAAGAAGCAUGGCAAAAGAGCCAGUCCUCUCACCGCGACGGAAGAAUCCUGAUCAUUUAAUCAUGAGACCUAUUUCAAAGAUGCCAAUUGAACCAGCUCCAUGGAAGCAGGUGGAUGGAACUAGAGGGGCUCAAAAAUCAACUUUCAAGUCUGGAAAGACCCUUCCAACCAAUACACAAAACUCUUUUCCCUCUGUGUACAGUGAGAUCGAGAAGAGACUGAAGGAUCUUGAGUUCAAACAGUCUGGGAAAGAUCUGAGAGCUCUUAAACAGAUUCUAGAAGCAAUGCAAGCUAAGGGGCUCCUUGAGACUGGGAAAGUAGAAGAGCAAAAUUCCAAAUUCGGAACAACUCAAGCAGAUUUUGACCCGAGAAAUGCCACUACCCAAAGCCCUUCAAGAUUAUCAAGGCAAGAAAAUCUUGCCAGUACAUCUACUGCAGCUAAAGCUUCUAAUUCUUUGAGGACAUAUGAGUCCCCAAUUGUGAUCAUGAAACCAGCAAAACUAGUUGAGAAAUCUGGUAUUCCUUCUUCCUCAGUGAUCCCCAUUGAUGGGCUUCCCGGGUUUCACAGAAUUCACAAUGGUGGAUAUGCAAUCAGUAGCCGGGUGAUUAAAGACCAGUCACCGCGAAACACUUGUAGAGAAGCAGUUUCCUACUCUGGUGACAAGAUAACAAAUAGCAGCAGGGGCAUAAGAUCAAAUCAAACUUCUAAGCCUCAGCAAAGAGAAAGCACAAGCAGCUAUGUAAAGAGCACAGGAUCAGUGAGCCCGAGAUUGCAACAGAAGAAGCUCGAGCUGGAAAGGAGAUCUCGCCCACCUACUCCCCCAAGUGAUAUUACAAGCAAACCGAGAAGAAGACAACAAUCUGGAAGACAGCCACCACCAGAGUCAGGUUCACCUGGUGGUGGGAAGCACAGGAUCAGGUCUCCUAAACAGGCACAGAAUGAUGACCAACUGAGCCAGAUAAGUAAUGAGUCAAGAACUUCAAGCUAUCAGGCCGAUGACAUCAUGUCUAUGCAGUCUGACCGCACUGUUACAGUCUUCGACAUGAAGACCGAUUUCGAAGUCACAAGUGCUGAUCGAUCUUGUGAAAUUCAGAGUCCACCAUUGAAGGCAUCUACUACCAGUUAUGUGGUUUCUUAUCCAAUGCUGCACAGUAAAGAGACUUCAAACUCUGAUGAAGAGGUGGCUGGCGUGGAGUUAGUUGUUGCUCCUGAGCAACCUAGUCCUGUCUCCGUCCUUGAUUCUUCAGCAUAUAAAGAUGCUGCCAUAUCCCCAGUGAAACAGGCACCCAGUACGCCUGGAGGUGGCGGUGCUCAGAAUUCCACGGAUAGUCAAAACGGCAAUCGGUGGAACUCCUCAGAGUCCCUGUCCAACAACUGCACAGGCUCAGGUCUCCUAUCUGAUAUCAAUCGCAAGAAGUUAAAGAACAUUGAGAAUUUAGUACAAAAGCUUAGACGUCUAAACUCUACACAUGAUGAAGCUAGCACAGAUUAUAUCGCUUCACUCUGCGAGAACAGUGAUCCAGACCAUCGAUACAUCUCUGAAAUCUUGUUAGCUUCAGGCCUUCUACUUAGAGAUCUUGGCUCAGGGCUAACAACAUUUCAGCUUCACCCAUCUGGUCAUCCCAUCAACCCCGAGCUUUUCUGUGUACUGGAGCAGACGAAAGCCAGCAAUUUGCAAAUGAAGGAACAGAGCAGUGGCCCCAUGAAAGCGGAGAAGUCCCACCGUAAGCUAAUAUUCGAUGCUGUGAAUGAGACCCUUGUAAAAAAGUUAGCCUUGGUGAGCGUCGAGGCAGAACCAUGGCUGAAGUCUGGUAAACUUGCCAGGAAGACCACCACAGCACAGAAGCUUCUGAAGGAGCUGUGUUUGGAAAUAGAACAGCUUCAAGUUAAGAAAUUGGAGGAAUGCAACUUCGAAGACGAGGAGGAUGGUUUGAAAGUUAUUUUGUGUGAAGACAUGACACGAAGAUCUGAUUCUUGGACAGAGUUUGAUAAUGAGGUUUCUGGGUUGGUAUUAGAUGUUGAGAGACUGAUUUUUAAGGACUUAGUUGAUGAGAUUGUGAUGGGAGAAGCAGUCGGCGGCCCGAGAACCACCAAAUUAGGUAGGAGGAGGCAGCUGUUUGCGAAGUAGCUUCAAUCUCUAGUUUGUUUAUUCAUUCUGCAUCUUUUCUGGCUCAUGUUAUGGUUGGUGUUCAGUAUUUUUCCCCGUGUUUGGUUUAUCUGAAAGGGAAGAUAAAGGAGAUGGGGUAAGCAGUAGAAUAAUACAACUGGUGGUUGAUUGUAAAGAAAAGGCUGUAACUUUUUUUCUUCUUAUGUUUGUAUGUUGAUCGAUAUGAUGGUAUCAAGAUGACUAUAUACUACUGUGUAUUCUCGAGAAAUUAAGGUACUAAAUGGCGAAAGCCAAGCCGUUUAUGGUUUUUCUCUUUCUCCUGAU